UCUAGCGAGAUAAAAGCAGGUUUGUGCUCAGACUUCGCAGAAGAGUCCCAGAGUGUACUAACGGUGUAAUAGCGCUCCUGUCAAUAAUAUGACCACGUGGCAGCAAAAUCCACCACCACCAGGCUUCUACCCAGGACACGAAGAUCAACAAGGUUACGACGGAUGUCAGCCGGGAUGUCAUACACAGCCACAUUACCCCACAGGACAAAACCAGGGAUGCUUUCAUCCAUAUAUUCCCUCUCCAGAGAUUGUAGCUCAACCACCGACAGCUUCUCAGGACGAACAGGUUCCAUUGGGCACCACAAACCAGGAAACCAAGUUUGGAACAUCGUAUGUUCAGGAUGAUCCAGUCACAGGAAGGGUUGAGAACUUCGAGUUCUCUGACAAGAGCAUCCGACGCGGGUUCAUAAGGAAAGUGUAUGCAAUUCUAAUGGUGCAGCUGUUGAUCACAGUGACAUUCAUUGCGUGGUUCACAUACCACGAGCCCACCAAACACUACGUACAACAAUACAUGGGCAUCUUCUGGGGAGCACUUUCAGUGUCGGUGGUAUGUUUUUUCACAAUGAUCUGCUUUGUCGAUGUACGACGUAAGGCACCUAUGAACUUCAUCUUCUUGUUUCUGUUUACGUUGGCUGAAGGGGUUAUGCUCGGUGUCGCGGCAUCUACAUUUGAUACUGAUGCGGUCCUGAUGGCUGUUGGUCUGUGUGCCGCAGUUUGUUUCGGUCUGACCAUUUUCGCAAUGCAGACGAAGUGGGACUUCACAGUAAUGGGCGGUGGUCUGUUCGUUGCCCUCAUUAUUCUGAUUAUCUUUGGUAUUGUGGCAAUCUUCAUCCCUGGAAAGAUAAUGAACUUGAUCUAUGCUUCAUGCGGGGCACUGCUAUUCUCUCUGUAUCUCAUAUAUGAUACACAACUCAUGAUUGGUGGGGAACACAAGUAUUCUAUCUCACCAGAAGAAUAUAUUUUUGCUGCUCUGAGCCUCUAUCUAGACAUUGUCAAUAUUUUUCUGUAUAUACUCAGAAUCAUUGGAGCAUCCCGAGAGUAGUGUGUUCUUCCGACUUCGUUUUGUACUCGUACUUCUAGCUAACUUGGCACUGUAGCGCAUUAUACAGUCACGUCAAAACAUGAGAUUUUGUGGGAGAUUCGCUUGAUGUCUUUUAUAAAAUCCGUGGCACUUCAAUAUUCUAAAUAUCAACUUAACUUUAGUAACAAGGGAUGUUGCAAUGAGUUGGGUGUAGUAUGUUAUGAUAGUAAUUAUGUU